AUGAUUGUUCAAGGCACUGCUGGCACUGGUAAAUCAUUUUUAAUAGAUUGUAUUAGAAAAGAAUUAAACAUAUCUCCACCUAUGACGGCAAACCCAUUGCUUGUUUUAGCACCAACAGGAGUUGCUGCAUUUAAUAUACAAGCGACAACAAUCCAUGCAGGGUUGCGCAUACCUAUAAGAGAAAUGCAUCCUUUGACAGGGCAAUCAUUAAUGACAUUGCAAGAGCAAUUGAAACAUAUCAAAUAUAUUCUGAUAGACGAAAUGAGCUUUUUGGGCCCGAAACUACUACUUAAGAUAGAUAACCGUUUACGCCAAGCAUUCCCUAACAAACAACAUGACAACUUUGGUGGCGUGUCCAUGAUUCUUGUUGGUGAUCUUGCUCAGCUUCCCCCUGUUAUGGAUAAACCUAUAUAUGCUUCACACUCUACAGCCCUCAGUUUAUGGCAUUCUUUUACUAUUGUCAUAACAUUGGACACUAUUUUCCGCCAGCAAGGUGCAUCUAUAAGACAACAACAAUUCAGAGCACUUCUUCACAACUUAAGAAAUGCUCAAGCACUCCAACAUGAUUGGCAGUUUCUAAUGUGCCAGACAAAUGCAACAUUAACUAUUCAACAAAAGAAAGAUUUUGACUCUUCAAUCCACCUGUUUGCAACAAAUGAAUCUGCACGCUUGCAUAACAGGAAAAUGCUCAAAGAAUUAAAUUUGCCUGUCGCUCUAAGUUUAGCUAAAAUUGCUAAGCAAACAAAUACUGAAUAUGACACCAAUGAACAGCUACCAUUGGAAGUAUUACUUUCUAUUGAUCAGCAAGUGAUGUUAAUAGCUAACUUGUGGAUCAAAGUUGGCCUUGUUAAUGGUGCUAUUGGUCUCAUAAAACAAAUUGUAUAUGAAAACAAUACAAAACCACCAGACUUGCCAAAAUAUGUGGUUGUCCAAUUCAAUGAUUAUAAUGGACCUCCAUGGGAUAUAGCACAUCCAAAAGACAUACCCAUUUUGCCAAUAACGCGAGGUAGGCGUACGCAAGUGCCUUUAACAAUGUCUUGGGCCAUCACUAUUCACAAAUCCCAAGGUCUUACAUUAGAUACAACUACCAUUGACAUAGGUAAUACUGAAAAGCAAGGCCUCACAUUCACAGCUAUUUCCAGAGUGAAGACAAUUGAUGGAAUACGGAUCGAACCACCAUUCUCUUUUGAAAGGUUUUCCAAACUACAAAAUAAUCCUUAUACAACCAUUAGAAAGAAAGAAGAAACUCGUUUGCAGCUACUCUCUGCGCAAACAGACAUCUAUUCACCUUAA